AUGUUUUAUGACUUAAAUAUUCCUUAUUCCACACAACUAGAUAUUACAAAUCAACAAAAUGAACUUUAUAAAAAAGUUGCUUUGCUUACAAAAUUUGGCUAUCAAGUAAUUGCACAUAAUCAUACAAUUAUCGGAAAAGUCAACCCUAACAAAACAAAUCCCAUCAAAAAAUUUGAUAUUUAUGAAAAUUCUGGAAGAGAUGUUAAACUAGAACAAUUAACCAGACUCACUGUAGUACUUGAAGAUUCAAGUCAAAAUUAUGGAUUGACAUCAUCAAACAAUACAAUUCUAUCAUAUGAUAUUUUUGCUGUCCAACCAAUCAAUGAAAAGUCAUUUCAAAAUACUUGUAGUAAUUUUGAUGUAGAUAUCAUAUCACUUGAGAUGGGAUCUCGCUUGCCAUUUUAUUUGAAGCAUGGUAUGGUAGGUUUGGCAAUUGAUUGUGGUAUAUUCUUUGAGAUUUGUUAUUCUCCAACCAUCAGAGAUUCUAUAUCUAGACAACAUCUUAUUUCAAAUGCUCAGAAUUUGGUUAGAGUUACUUGUGGUAAAAAUAUCAUUAUCUCAAGCGAAGCACAAAGAGCAAUAGAAUUACGUGGGCCAUAUGACAUUAUUAAUUUAGGUACAAUAAUGGGCAUGAAUCAAGCUUUAUCCAAAGAUUGCAUAACUACAAAUUGUCGGGCAGUUGUGAUGCAUGCAGCUACUCGGAGAAAUGCACAUAAGGCUGUUAUUUCUUUUAAACCAGUUUCUUCAUUGAAACAAAGUGACUUAUGGAGGAUUGAAUGCGAAAAGAAAAAAUUGGAAAAAAUAGAGUCAAAAGGCAAAAGAAUAAAAAUUGAAUAA